AUGAGCAACAGUAGAAGGCUAAAUAGUGCUCUUCCCUCUCUACGGGUAUUGACUCAAGUUGGUGUUGCUCGCCGUUACUGGUCAGUCGCUGAUAAUAAGAAGCGUCUCAUCCGCUCUGCUCAAGCCCAUCGCAUCUACAACCGAACGGAGAAAGCUCUGCUACGUGAACGAAUCCAUGAUAUUUGCAAAGACCUUGCCAAAACAAGUACAUCGUUGUUACGGUUGCAUCUCAGCAUAGCCAAUUCCAUCAGGCCUGCAGCCAGGGACACUGUUGAUCGUCUCACUUUCAGUUCCGCUGAGAGGAAAAUGGAAUGUGUGUCAGCCCGACAAAAGAGCAAAUUCAAUACUCUGAACAACACCCAAGCCACUAGACCUGCUCUGGACAUUUCCCGAGUGGUUAAUGAACUCCAUUCCGACGGAGGACAUUAUUGCAACAUCGAAUCAAGCCUAAGACAACUACCGCAAGCAGAGGCUGAAGAAAUUCGGAGAGAAGCGUCCCGCAUCCUGCACAAAGCCAAGCCACCAAGAAGUAAUGUCAGCAAUGCAGAGAGAAAAGCCAUAAAAAGUCUCAAUGAAGACAAAUCGAUUGUUAUCCUACCGGCAGACAAAGGCAACGCUACGACUGUUCUCAACACCGAAGACUACCGAAGAAAGAUUAGGGACCUGUUGGACCCUACGAUCUACGUAAAACUCCGUCGUGACCCUACAUCCAGGAUCCUGAAGAAGACCAACUCACUAAUUAUGAAAUCAACACUACCUGAGAAAACAAAGGAGACAAUUUCAUCAUCUGAAGCGCUUAUCCCCAGAUUAUAUGGAUUGCCAAAAAUCCACAAAGAAGAGUUGCCGUUGAGACCUAUUGUCAGUGCCAUAAACUCUCCUACUCACCUCCUCUCUAAACAUCUUGCCAGUUUUCUGAAACCCCAUGUCGGGGCAACGGAAUCUUUUGUUAGAGAUUCGUCCCACUUCAUAGAGAAGCUCAAAACCUACAGUCUCCAGUCAACAGAUAUCUUGGUAAGCUUCGACGUCGUUUCUCUCUUUACGAGAGUUCCAAUCAAGGAAGCCAUGGAGAACGUACGGGAAAUAUUUUUCACCAGAUAUCGCUGA